AUGGAAAGCGAAGCUCUUGCCAGAAAACUCGUGCGCCGGGCGAAGGAAGCAAUGGUUUUGGUUGAAAACCUCCAGUUUGAUAUCGAAAACAACGACAAUGGUACCAAGCUUGAAAUGCUCGAAAGUCUUCUCUGUAAUAAUCUUCAAGCGCAAGCUUCGAUAAGAAAACAGUUGGAAACAUGCGACAAGGACAAUUACGCAGCUAUGGACAUAAGUUUCGAGCACCCUGAGCCGGCAAACUACACCUCGAUUGGGUCGAUUCAGUUGGAGAAAGUUCUAGCGAAGAAGCCAAGUUUGUGUCUCCAAAGCGAAGAGGAAAGAUCAGUGAUGACUGAAAUCACGCAAAACAUCGCUGCCAGACUCGGCCAUUUCGAAGACUUCCGACGAGACAAGGGAUUUAAAAAAACAAUUAUUUUGAAAAGAGAAUUUUUGAAAUGA